AUGGCAUAUAUAAGAUUAUGUCCGUCAAAAAUCCCGAAUGGAAAUUUGAGAUCUGGUUGCCAAAGAAAAGGUGGAAGCAAAUGUUCAUAUACAUGUGACCUUGGUUAUCAAUCUACCAUACCUUCAGACUACAUUAUUUGUACAUCCGACUUCACAUGGCAUGAAAAUAUAGAAGAAUUAUGCAGACGUAUAAGUUGUCCUCUGGAAAUACCCAAUGGAAAUUUUUCAUCGCAUUGUCGAGGAAAUAUCGGAGAUAAAUGUGAAAUAGUGUGUCAGGAGGGAUUUAAUGCGGAACCUCGCUACAUAGUUUGUACAUCCUCGGGGUCUUGGGACAAGGACAUUCAUGCUGUUUGCGUGCGAAGCACAGAAAUACGCUGUCCACUUGAAAUACCCAAUGGAAAUUUCUCUUUGCUAUGCCAAGGAUCUGUCGGAGAGAAAUGCAAAGUUGACUGUCAUGGACAAUUGAAAACAAAUUCUUUACAUUUAGUUUGUACCUCCUCUGGAGAAUGGGACAAAGAUACAGAUCGUAUCUGUGUACAAAAUAGUUAUCGAAAUCGCAAGUUCCACAGCGCGGAUCGUCACAUUUGGAAACCAUAA